GUAUAAAUCAUCACGUUGCUCUUGAAGCUCUUGAAUCUCCGGAUACGGUGUUAUUUCGAAUACAUUUUCCGAUUUUUAAAAAAUUGUUCGUUAUAUUAGCUUUCAAACUAACACAGUUGAAAUUAUAUAAAAAGAACAAUUGACUCUAUAAAAUUCUAAUAUGACUAAUAUUUCGAGACGAAGAAAAGCCCCAACAAAACUUAAGAGCAUGGGCAAUCAUGACCAAUUUCUGAAUCGUAUAACGAAAUCACUUUACUACUCGAAAUUACCAAUGACUGACUGCCUCAGUUUACCAGUUACUGAGUUGGCAGCGGAAUUCUUUACUGAGGUAAAGAGUGGCCAUAAAAUUGAAAGAUUGGAUGUAGAAGAGGCUAGCAGGAUUUCUAGAAAUGCAUGUGUUUCUCCAUGCUCUCUUGUUUUGGCUUUAUUGUACUUGGAAAGGCUGAAAGAUUGUAACCCUGAAUAUUUGCAACGAGUGGCACCUUCUGAAUUAUUUCUAGUUUCUUUGAUGGUGGCUAGUAAGUUUCUGAACGACGAAGGAGAAGACGAUGAAGUUUUUAAUAAUGAAUGGGCACAAUCUGGAGACUUAAGCAUAUCACAAAUGAAUCAAUUAGAAAAAGAGUUUCUCCAUGCUAUUGACUGGACUGUUUUUGUUCACAAUCAAGACUUUUGGGAAAGAUUACAGAGACUAGAGAAAGAUGUAGCCUACAAAGAAGCACAGAAAAGGGGCUGGUUUUCAUACACAGAACUAAGUUGUCUAAUGAACUCUAUGCAGUUGUUGACAAUUGCCCAUGCUAUGAUAAACAUAUCAUCUAUUUGUUUAGCAACUUACACUGCAGGGAUAGUUACUCUGUUGGGAUCCGCUUUGGUUGCGAGUUAUUUCCCAGGAACACUACUAAGCCCAAGGCAAACAACAAAUACCACUGAUAUUACAGUAGAUGUCAAUCCAAUUGUAGAUAUUCCAACAACUGUAAUUGAAAAUGUACCAGAAAAUCUUCUUGUACAAGAUUUUAUGCCAACUUCGCUAAAUUGCAAUGAAACCCAAGGAAGGUCUGAAACUACCGAAUCAAAUGAAAUGGUAAAUGAACAUUGGAAAUGGUGGCUAAAUUCAUUCAUGAUCUGGUUACCAGAAUAUGCAGGCUUGGAACUAAAAGAAUCAUUGCAUACAACAAAUGAUAAGGUGGAACAUAUGAACACAUUCAGAACAUCUACUAAUUUUGUAGUGGAUAGUACAACAUUCAUACAGAACGUAAAUUGGAAACAAAUCUUGAACAUUGAUUUGAAUCUACUUUUGCACGAUUGGAGGCAUUAUGCAAACUAUGUAACAAAACUAACUCUUGGCCACCAUCACUAAGAAUUAAAACACUUUUGUUUCUAAAAUUAUUGUAAAAUGUCUCUGCUCGAAACAGAUUGAAAAAAAGUAUAUAUUUUUUGUACUAACUUGUAAUCUCAUGAACAACUUCGAUACUAACAAUAUAAUUUUUUCAAUAAACAAAU